AUUACUGUAAUUACUUUCAAAGGUUCGGUGGCACUCACUCGCAAGAACUGUAAAACUGAGCCUAAUAGCGAGAUUUUCUCUGUACCUAGAUACGUCCCAGGAUUGUUACAAAUAUCACGAUCUGAAUUACCCUGAUUCUAUCUGUAGGAUAAAAAAUUUUGGUGUAGUGUUAAGUAGUAACAAAUUAGUCUCUGCUACAUGGUGAUUCGCGAGACAAAAUGCGAUCGAUAAAAAAAGACGAAGGACGGAGAUCACGCUAUAAUUUAUACAGUGUCCAUUAUGUCGCAGCUCGGGGAAGGCACAAGUCCUGAACGUACAUAUAGUAUGGACUGGUCACAAGAACAUCCUUCUCAACAAGAAACAAGAUGCAUCUAUGACUGUGGAACCUACAACUACAAUCGAGAACAGUGGAGAGAACCAUUUGUAUCUCAAAUGGAGAAAUCUACAAACACUGACGGAUUUUGUGAUGCCUUGACAGCAGAUUGUGGAGGAUCAGAAGAAAGUGAAAGUGAAAUAGAAACUGAAGAGCACAAGGUAUGCGCAAUGAUUGAUGUAGUCUCACAAGUGGAAAUAAAGGAAAAGGAUGAAGAUCAGGACAACACACAGGACUUUCAUGUUAAAAAUGAGAAUAAAGUAGCUUUGCAAGGGAAUUGUAUGCCACCAGGAAAGUGUUUGUAUCAUGAAUGUAUACAACCAUGUUACAUUAAAGAUGAAGUAGCUUCACCAGCAAGUUUUGUGUCACCAGGGUGCGAAGCAAAAUAUGACUUUGAAAAUAAUCAUCUACCUCAACCAACCACAUGUCCUUGUGCAAUAAAGCGCAUAUGCCCAUAUGAAGUUUGUAAUGAACUUGGGAUCUGCAGCACCUGGGCUGAAACAAGAAUGCAGAUAGAUGCUGAUAUCCAGGCUGAUUCAUUUGAAUGUGGUUUUCCAAUAAAAUGUAUAAAAUGUGGGAAAACUAUACAGGAUCGGAGCUCUUGUCAACAGCGUUAUUUAAUACCCAUUUAUGAGUGUAAUUCAUGUAUUGCACAUGGCACAACAGGACCUGGUUUGAAUUCAUACCUUGAAUCCAUUGAGCACAAUACAGCAGCUGAUCCAAGAAUUGUUCCCUGUGAGUAUUGUAAGAAAAAAUUCGAGACGGUCCGGGGCAUGAGGAUACAUGUGGGACACGUCCACAAAGGAGCAAGAGCUAAGAAUUAAUACGAGCUGCACAAAAUGUUGGACAACAUAUUCUUUGUAGAAAAGAUUGUGAUCUGUGCAAGCAUGAUUUGAAAUCGAAUGGGAAGAAAAGAAAAAUAUUCAAUGAAGAGCAAAUCUUCAAGCAUUUUUAAGGGUUUUUUUUUACCAUAUAUACCACAUUUUGAGAUAUUUAAAAAUAUCUUUUGUAAUAUUUACUGUAUAUAAUUAGAAGUGUUUACUGUUUGAUAGGCUUUUUAUAAAGUAUUAAUUAAUUUAUUCAAUUGUUCCUUUAGUAAUAUGAUUAUAUCCUUAUGAAUAUAAUACAAAUGUGUUGUUGUAACAACGUUCAUACAUUGUGUCCCAUAAAUCUUAGUGUGAAGGAUAGCCUUUAGGGAUGCAGAAUAAAUCAAAUUAUCACUAACAAUAAAAA